UACACGGCGCUGCCCGACCGCUCGCGGGCGCGCGUCCACCACGCCAGCUCCGAGCACAAGAUCUUCCGCGCCAUGGAUUACAAUUGCUCGGUGGAGUUCUUCUGGAGCCCGUUCCUGGUGCAGCUUGAGACCAAGCCGGACCGGACCAAGGUGCUCAAGCUAGACCAGCUCCCAGCCAUGCUUCAGCAGGUGAUCGGGGCAGACGUCCUCGUCUUCAACACCGGCCACUGGUGGACACACACCGGCAAGCUCAGGGCCUGGGAUCACCUGGAGAGAAACGGGAUGCUGGUCAAGAUGGAAGGAGAGGAGGCAUUCAGCAGAGCGCUGAGGACAUGGGCGAGAUGGGUGGAUCACAACGUGGAGCAGACCAGAACCAGAGUCUUCUUCCGAAGCGUCUCGCCUGAACACAAGGGCGCGAACUGGUGCUACAAUCAUUAUGCAACUCCCUUUUGCCGGAGGAACACUUUGUGUGCUACCAAACGUCACAACAUAACUGGGUGAUUAUAAAGGAGCUCUACAGGUGUCUCCAAAGGUAAAUGUUGGGUUGGCGUAUUUCGAGAUUAGGAUUUGUCACUCCGAUUGUCGGAGAGGUAUCUCUGGGCCCUCUCGGUAAUGCACAUCACAUAAGCCUUGCAA